ACCUCUUUCUGCAUGAGCACGGACCAACACGGCGCAUUCGACAUUCUAGCGACAUACGAUGCCUCGUAGAGAUAACACUUCUUCGUUCGUUGUGUGUCCGAUGACUUGUACUGUUUACUGACUCUGUUUUCGUUUGCAGUGCCAUCCAAUCUUGGCGGAAGUGGCACAUACACGUAAGAUCGGUUACUCUUCAGUGAAGUUCUAGCCAAGAUCAUGCCUGUCGUUAAGUCAAAACUGAAGCCAAAAACCAAGACUAGCAGGACUGCUGGAUCACUGGUGGCCAAAGGACAUGCAAGCAAAGCUACUAAAACUAACAAAAAGAAGACGUCAAUUCCAUCUGUGGAUUCUGGGUAUUCUCUGUACUCUACAGAUUCAGAAGAUCCAACUGUUUACGCUAACAGAGGUUUAGAUAGAUGUGCUGCAUUGCUGGCUAAUAUCCUAGAGAGUGAUGAUAGUGAGCGUGUGGGAACUAAACCACAGAAGUGUACAAAGAAAGGCAAAGUGGCGGCCAAGCCUGCUGUGAAAGCAACAAAAAAGCCUCAGGUUAUUACCCGUCAGAAAUCCCAACCCAAGCCACCUCAGAGAGCUCUGAAGGUUCCAACCGCUGAGCAAGAUAUUUCUGAUUCAUUUUCUCAUGUCAAUCGAUCUCCCAAUUUGUCAACAAGAAGCCGUCCAAUGUCGCCUUUCAAAGCUGACCAAGAUAUGAGUGCACAGGUCAAAAGUACACCCUAUAAUGAGAGAUUGCCCUCAUCUACCCCGAUCAACUCUCCAUCCAAGCAAACACAAGUAGACCAUGCAAGGCCAGUAUCAAGGGAGAAACAACAUGGUUUUCCAGUCCAGUAUAAUAAAUAUCCGAUACAUGAACCAUAUCACAUGAGCAGUGGUUCUGCUCCACCCCCUCAUCUUUUGCAACAGAGACCUGACUUUCACAUGCCUUUUGCUGGAUUCCCCGGACUACACACUGGAUAUCUGCGACAACAUGAAGGACCUGUCUAUUCAGACAGACAUUUAUACUCCAGAACUAAUGCUAAGUUUGGUUAUCUUGAUGAAGAUCCUACGGGGUAUCAUUCAGACCCUUUAGCUUACUCAAGUAAUGCCCACUACUCUGAUGCCAUACAAGGAUUAUCCAAUAGGAACCCAUCUUUUGAUCAUGUGUACUAUCAUUCCAACCCAAACUAUGGAGUUGAAAUUCCUGAGAGGGAUACUCCACAAUAUUAUCCGGUACAUUCCCAAAUGCCAAAUGUUUUACCUCCUUCGCAUGAACGUUUGCCUGUGACAGAAACGUAUGGCAAUUACAAUUCCCAACCAAGACCUGCUGCCCCGGAUUAUUCCAUUCAUCAUACAGCGAUGUAUCCACAGCAAACUGAUGAGCCUAUUGACAACCCACCUGCCAAUGUUGAUUCAUCAACAGAGGGAAUUCCACGUACUCCAGUAACAGGAUAUGAAAAUUUCCAACAUUUUGCAGAUGAGUUGAGGGCUGAUCUUCCCCUCAACAGCCAGGGCAGCAUUACCUCCGUCAGAAUCAACUCUUCUAAAGAAAUGGACAAAUCAGUAACAGUGGUUCAAGAUAAAGAUCAAUCACAUCGAGAUGCAAAAUUAUCUGAGCCAGAAAUAAACGCCAGUCUGGACGGCACUUUGAAUAUAGAACCUGAGCAAGAAAGUAAACCAAUCAGUCCGUUUAAAAUUCAAUCUAAUACAAGCUUUGAAAAAAGCCGAAGUGACUCCUCAAAACGAGGCAGUUUUCAAGAAAAAGAAAAUGCCAAAGCAACCAAUCAAAAUGUAGACAUUUCUAAGACGCCGGGAAAAACACCUCCAGGAAGCCAAUCACGGAAUACAAAAUCUAAUCAGGUGCACACAUUGAAAUAUUUACUUGGAGAGCUGAGGGCUGUUACAGGAAUGCAAGGUGAUAUUGAAAUCAGUCGACUUCUUGACGAAAUCGAAUAUGCCGCCAAUGCUAUUCCUCAUGUCAGGGAGACAAUCAACAUAGAAACAGACAUACAGUUGGCGUUACAGCCGCUACGAAGCGAGAACUCACAGCUGAGGAGAAGACUGAGGAUUGUCAAUCAACAGCUAAAAGAACGUGAACAUUCUGAAAAGGAGAAUAAAGAUGGCACUAUGGGUUUUGAAUUGUUAGCGGCUCAGACAAUGAACGCAACAAUACAGAAACAGAUGAAGGAUGAUAAAAGACACCGAGAUAUGCUGCUUACCAAAAUAGAUGAACUAAACAAAGAACUAAACAAGUAUCAAGAUGAGAAGAAAAAAAUGAUGCAGAUCUUGGAUGAGAAAGACUCUAAUCAUCUGAAAAGCCGUCAGGAAUGGACAGGAGAUUUGAGUAAACUGCGUAACAACCAUGAGCAAGUCAUAGCUAAAUUAGCAGCUACUGAAAUCACGCUAGAAGCCAGCGUUAAAGAGAAUGAUAUCUUGAGAUUGGCGAUGAAACAAAGAGAUGCAGAAGUCACAAGGAUGAAAGUAUUAAAUGAGGAUCUUCAACAGAGUGUCAGUAACCUUCUACUUGACUUAGAAUCCCACAAACCAAGUGAGAGGAGCAACUACUGGAGUGUACCGCAAGAUUCUAUGCAAAGAUUGGAGCGGUUACUCAGACCGAACCCUCCCACAAGAUCACGUCAAAGUCCACAGAAAAAAGAUUUCAGUCCCGACUACAGAGCUACAGUGAGAAGACAAACCACAACGGAUAAGAAACGAACGCCCCCGACUUUGGAGAGGACGAUGUUCCGAUCACCAACAAACAAUACUGCACUUCCCAGUGAAGAGAUGAAGAUAAGCCCUGCUCAGAGAUCAUUAAAUUUUGGUAUUUCUCCAGAACGUUCGCGAUUAAAAGAAACAUUUCAGUUUGUCGAUCCUUCUACAGAGAAUGGCCAGUCAUAUGAUGCACUAGCAAAGACUUUAACCGAUAGUUGUGAUGAAGAGUGUAGCAGCAGUAACCAUGGUUACCAUCGAGUAUCUCCAGUUAAAAGGAACUUGGGUGAGCUGACAAAGGAGAAUCUUGAAGAGUUUAAUAAAAAGUUUCCGAGUGAAAAAGUAGAUGAAUAUAGUUAUAUGCUGAGCAGGGAAAAACCGCUUUUCUCAGAAAACCUUCUUGGUUCACCGAUUAACGGUAGAAAUGCUACUACGCUAAGCAGUGGUACAUUGACGCCAGGACAUUCUCAGCAUUCCUCGCCAGUGAAAAACGAUCUGAAAACUGUGACGUUCGCACAUGAUACUCACAAGGAGUACUAUUAUGACCCGAAUUCUCGAAUUCAAAGCGAUUCCAAAAUCAGCUCGGACAAGCUACCUGAUUUUACGAAUCAUACAACCUUACUAGAUCAUGAUUAUGUUGAUGAUGUAACCAGGGAAACAGAAUUUGAUGAUGAAUUUAGCAUGCCAAUGAACAGUCAAUUUGGUUUGCAUCGAAGUACUGUCCAGAAACCCUAUGAUUGGGCCGGUACGAUUGAAACAACUAUGGAUGACAUUGUAUCACUGACUUCAGGGUCGACAUCAACAGUGACGUCCCAGGACGAGAGACAGUUUCGACAAGGUCUCGCUAACCUUGACGCUGACAUAGCAAGGUUGCAGAGCCAUCUAAGGCAAAUGAAACACUCGUAA